AUGUACAAGGUCCUCGGCCUCCUCGCCCUCGCAGCGCCGGGUCUCGCGUCCAUGCGAGACUACAUCCCCGCCAAAUACUUGAAGCAACCGCACCUCGAUAUCAUUCAUGCCCGCGACCUGCAGGAGCGUCACAACGACGGCCACCACGACGGCGGUGAUAAGGGAAACUCGUCCGUUGGUAGCCGCUUCCUCAACGAUCAGACUAAGCCGUUCCACGUUCCGAGCCUCCCCGACAUCAAUGUCGACCUCGUCGAGAUGUACUCUGGUCUUAUCCCCAUCGACACGAACAACAAGACGGACGGCGAGCUCUUCUUCGUAUUCCAGCCCAAGACCAGCGGUGACCCCGUUGAUGAGGUCACGAUCUGGUUCAACGGUGGCCCCGGUUGCUCGUCUCUUGAGGCUUGGUUCCAGGAGAACGGUCACUUCCAGUGGCUCCCUGGCACAAAGGAGGCUACGUUGAACAACUUUGCCUGGUCCAAUCUCACCAACAUGCUUUACGUUGAGCAGCCCAAGGGUGUCGGAUUCUCGACUGGUCCUCUCGGCUUCUACACAAACGAGGAGGAUGUCGCUCAGGACUUCAUUAAGUUCUUCAAGAACUGGCAGGACACUUUCGGAAUCAAGAACUACAAGAUCUACGUUACUGGAGAGUCGUACGCGGGCCGCUACGUCCCGUAUGUGUCCGCGGCUAUGCUUGACGCGAACAACACUGAGUACUACGACCUCAAGGGAGCCCUCAUCUACGACCCUUGUAUCGGCCAGCACGACGUCAUCCAGCAGCAGCUGCCGGCCGCGCAGCACAUCCGUGACAACAACAACAUUUGGGGCUUCAACCAGACUUUCCUCGAGCUCAUCGACAAGCUGGACAAGCAGUGCCACUUCUCCGAGUACAUUGACAAGUACUUGACAUUCCCGCCCGCCGGUGUGCAGCCUCAGCUGAGCUACAACUCUUCCAACGGCGGCACCAACGGUCUCGAGCAGACUCUCGACCCCGACUACGGAUGCCUGAUCUUCGAUCUCGCCCUCCAGGAGGAGAACCGCAUCAACCCCUGCUUCAACUUAUACGAGAUCAUUGACCACUGCCCUCUGCCGUAUGACCCCAUCGGAUCGAUCGCUACCGGCGGCGGCAAGGACGAGAUCUACUUCAACCGCAAGGAUGUGCAGGAGGCUCUCCACGUUCAGCCCAAGGAGUGGACCCAGUGUGUUUCUCCUCAGCCGUUCCACGCUGGCAAGCGCGGUGGACCGGAGGGCGAAGGAGACUUCUCCGCCAACCCCAUCGAGAAGGUGCUUCCCCAGGUCAUCGAUGCGACCAAGCGUGUCCUCAUCUCCAACGGCAACUACGACUUCGUCAUCAUCACCAACGGCACCCUUCUUUCGAUCCAGAACAUGACCUGGGGCGGCCAGCUUGGCUUCCAGGAGAAGCCUAGCAAGGACCUCGUCGUCACGACCCCCGCCCUCAACGAGGCCGCCACCAUCGACGACCUCACCUACUCCACCCCCUCCACCCAGGGCCUCUACCACGAGGAGCGAGGCCUCAUGUGGGUCGAGACCUUCUACGCCGGCCACAUGCAGCCUCAGUACCAGGGCCGUGCCGCUUACAUGCACAUGGAGUGGCUGCUCGGCCACCGCGACGACCUCAGCGCCCGCAACUCUGACCUUCCUAUCAGGAAGCCCAAGAAGGGCGAUGGCGAUGGCGGUGACGGAAGCGAUGGCGGUGACGGAGGCGAUGGAGGUGAUGGAGGUGAUGGUGGCGACGGAGGUGACGGAGGUGACGGGGGCGACGGAGGUGACAGCCAGGGCAACAACACCAGCUCUGCCGUCUGA